GCCCCUGCCCUUCUCAUGCUGCGGCCGGCGCUGGCUGCUCUGGCUCUGGGCUGGGCGGUCGCCUGGCUGGCGGCUCGCGGCUUCGCUCCCUGGUGGUGGUGGCGGCUGGGGCAGAAUUGCAGCGGGGAGGCGGUCCUAACUGCCGCCGAGUUAAGCCGUUACACGGGCACCGAGGGAAGCCCGGGACUUUACCUGGCCGUGUUGGGACAGGUGUUCGACGUGCAGCAGGGGCGCAGGCAUUACGGCCCCGGAGGCGCUUACGGCUUCUUCUCAGGGAAAGAUGCCUCCAGAGCUUUUGCCACAGGUGACUUCACCCCAGCUGGCCUGGUGGAUGAUGUUUCAGGAUUGUCACCACCACAAAUGCUGGCCAUCCAGAACUGGCUUUCCUUCUACUGUAAGAAUUAUGUGCAUAUCGGCAAAGUAGCUGGACGAUUUUACCAAGAAAAUGGGGAACCUACUAAGGUUUUGGAGGAGGCCCGAGCUCUCAUUGAAGAAGGGGAGAAGCUGCAGGCCGAGGAGGCUGAGCGAAAAAACCAGUUUCCACCUUGUAACUCUGAAUGGAGCUCAGCUGGAGGAAGCAGGGUCUGGUGUUCCAAGCAGAGUGGCGGCAUCAGCCGAGAAUGGUCUGGUGUACCUAGGAAGCUCUAUGAACCUGGGUCCAGUCGUAGCCAUUGCGUUUGCAUAAAGACAGAAGAGCUGCUUCCUGGGCAAGAGAAAUCCACCCGGCUAAGCAACCAAGGAAAGUUGAACAAUCCUAACCUUCAGGAAUACGAAGGGUGUCACCCACUUUCUGAAUGGUGUGCUUUGAAAGAAUGAGUCAGCUGUACCUCACUGAAGAUUAAAGACUUCUACACAAUCCAGGCAUUAAAGGAAGCCACUUUUAAGGAAAUGUAACUAUGUAUUUUGACACACUGUCCUAACCUAAAAGUAUAGCUUGCAAAAUUUGAAUUUGCAAUUAAAAACCACUCUUUAAAAAUA